UUUAUUUUUUCGUUUACAUAAUUAUUUGUUAUUAAAUAAAAGGUUUUGUAGAGAGGUUGAGGACAUCAUAGUCUAGAACGGAGUGUGAGUCUGCGAGAGAAGGAAAAAAUGGUAGUAUUGAGCGCGACGACGAUCGGAGCCUUAUUGGGUUUGGGUACUCAGAUGUACUCCAACGCUCUCCGCAAACUCCCCUACAUGCGCCAUCCGUGGGAGCACGUAUUGGGAAUGGGAUUGGGCGUUGUGUUCGUGAACCAGCUUGUGAAAUGGGAGGCUCAAGUUGAACAAGAUCUCGAUAAGAUGCUCGAGAAAGCUAAGGCCGCUAAUGAAAGACGUUACAUUGAUGGAGAUGACGAUUAGUGCAUGUCUUCAAGGAUUGCAUUGCAGCAGUUGGUGAAAAUAAUAAUAUAAUGCGUUGUACGUGUUACCUUUGUUUUAUGGUUUCAUGUUGUUAUGUUUGUAAAGCUGUUGUGCUAUUUCCUGCUUAUCAGCUUAUUUUGUCAACAAGCUUCAGCAGGAGUUAAACUUUUAGACAAUGUUAUGGGCUUAAUAGCUUCAUUAACAUUAUGAAUUAGUUGAAAAAAUUAUUUGGUUUAUUAUCAGGAUAACUGUGACAUCAAUACCUCUUAUCUAAUGUGUGCCAUGAGUUUGGUAAUAAACAGACUUGAAAUAGUUUCAUUA